AUGCCAUUGACAUUCUGUCCAAACUGUAGCAACGCGUUGACCAUCUCCAAAGCUCCCCCAACCUCACGCUACCCGGCGGGCGUCAAUCGAUUCGAAUGCCGUACCUGUCCAUACCAGUAUGCUCUGGACAGAACAUACUAUGAGCGCACCGAGAUGAAGCGCAAAGAGGUGGCCGAUGUGAUGGGUGGGAAAGACGAGUGGAAGAACGCAGACAGCAUGCCCGCCCAAUGCCCCGCCGAAGGCUGUGAGGGUGAUCGUGCGUUCUUUUACCAAUUGCAGAUCAGAAGUGCAGACGAGCCUAUGACGACCUUCUACAAGUGUUCGGUGUGUGGCACUCGCUGGAGAGAGAAUUAG